UAUGCACACAACCAUUUGUUAUCAAGCACUUACCACUUCUCUCCCACAUGGUCUCUGGAAUGGGCGAGAGGCCGCGCGAGUUUGAGAAGACGCAUGAGAAUGAGGUUGGGCGGGACACUCACAAGGCACGCUACGACUUCGACACGAUAAAACAGAUCAUCGUCGAGGCGCACUUUGUCAAUGUGGCCUUCGUCGACCUGGACGGCAACCCUAGCUGCAUCCCGAUGGUUGCAGCCAUCACGGACACCCCCUCGGGUUUGGAAGUGUACCUGCACGGCCACCACCGUGCGCGCCUCGUCCGGCUCCUCCCGCCCGAGACGCGGGUGUGCAUCACGGCCACGCUGCUCGACGGCAUCGUGUUGGCCCUGAGCGCGUUCAACAGCUCGAUCAACCACCGCAGCGCCGUGCUGCACGGCGAGGUCGUGGAGUUUGGCAUGAGAGACACUGACGGCGCGGAGCAAUGGAAUGCGGGAGAGCGGUGGGACGCGGCGCGCGCCAUCGUCGAGAGCGUGCUCCCGGGGCGGUGGGACGGAUGCCGCGCGCCAAGCCAGGCAGAGAUGGCGACGACGGGAUUUGUCAAGGUCAAAAUACACAGUGCCAGCGCUAAGAUUCGGAGUGGAGAGCCGGGUGAAGAGCGACGGGAUGAAAAGGACGACAAGCUGCGGGACAAGGUGUGGGCAGGAGUCAUCCCAGUUCGCGCCGCGUACGGCACGCCCGAGCCGUCCAGUCUCAAUCGCGUGCCCUUGCCCGACUAUAUCCAUACGUUCGUCGACCACAGGGGGGCUCCGUCUCACUAAGCCGGGAUAUCGAAGAGCUGGACGCGUCAGACGACAGGAACAAGAUGCUACAUGUGUUUUUGUGAAGUGUGUACAACGACACCGAACAUUCGGCACUUCUUUUGCUUCGCGGCUUCACCCCUCGCCGGGACCCUCCCCCUAUUUGCGCUGCUCUUGCGUGUGGAUUGCGUACAGCUUUGAGACGAUAUGAAGA